CGGCCCGGCCGGGCGGCCAGGCGGGGAGCGCGGCGGCCCCCGGAGGUGGCGGCGGGCGCGCAGCCCGGGCCGCGCGGGACCGGCCGCCGUCGGGGCGCGCAUGCCAUGGAGAAGCUGGCGGCCGGGCUGGCCGGCCUGCGCUGGAGCAUGGGCGCCUUCCCGCUGGACCUCAUCGUCAGCCGCUGCCGCCUGCCCACGCUCGCCUGCCUCGGGCCAGGGGAGUAUGCUGAGGGCGUCAGUGAGCGAGACAUCCUGCUCAUUCACUCCUGCCGCCAGUGGACAACAGUGACAGCUCACACCCUGGAGGAAGGCCACUAUGUCAUCGGGCCCAAGAUUGACAUCCCCCUGCAGUACCCAGGGAAGUUCAAGCUCCUGGAGCAGGCCCGGGAUGUGCGGGAGCCAGUGAGGUACUUCAGCAGCGUGGAGGAGGUGGCCAGCGUCUUUCCUGACCGCAUCUUUGUGAUGGAAGCCAUCACCUUCAGUGUCAAGGUGGUGUCGGGAGAGUUCAGCGAGGACAGCGAGGUGUACAACUUCACGCUGCACGCGGGCGACGAGCUCACGCUCAUGGGCCAGGCGGAGAUCCUGUGCGCCAAGACCACCAAGGAGCGCUCGCGCUUCACGUCCUUGCUGCGCAAGCUGGGCCGGGCGGGGGCGCUGGCCGGGGUGGGCGGGCCGGGCGGCGCCGGGGCCGCGGGCGGGGGCGCCCGGCCCGUCAAAGGCAAGAUGCCCUGCCUCAUCUGCAUGAACCACCGCACCAACGAGAGCCUGAGCCUGCCCUUCCAGUGCCAGGGCCGCUUCAGCACGCGCAGCCCGCUGGAGCUGCAGAUGCAGGAGGGCGAGCACACGGUGCGCGCCAUCAUCGAGCGCGUGCGGCUGCCGGUGAACGUGCUGGUGCCCAGCCGGCCGCCGCGCAACCCCUACGACCUGCACCCGGUGCGCGAGGGCCACUGCUACAAGCUGGUCAGCAUCAUCUCCAAGACCGUGGUGCUGGGGCUGGCGCUGCGCCGCGAGGGCCCGGCGCCGCUGCACUUCCUGCUGCUCACCGACACGCCGCGCUUCGCGCUGCCGCAGGGCCUGCUGGCGGGGGACCCGCGCGUGGAGCGCCUGGUGCGCGACAGCGCCUCCUACUGCCGCGAGCGCUUCGACCCCGACGAGUACUCCACGGCCGUGCGCGAGGCGCCCGCCGAGCUGGCCGACGACGGCGCCAGCCCCCGCCGCGCGCGCCUCUGCCUGCCCGCGCCCCCGCGGGGCCCCGCGCCCGCCCGCGCGCCCAGCCCGCCCGGCCCGCCCCGCGACGGCGACCAGGAGUACGUGAGCCCCGACUGGGCCGGCGCGCCCGAGCCCGCCGCCUCGCCCGCCGAGAUCCCCUACGAGGAGCUGUGGGCGCACCAGGCGGCCGAGGGCCUGGCGGAGGGCCGCCCCCGGCCGCCCCCGGGCCCCGACCUCAUCAACUUCGGCACCGGCCCGCCCCGCCUGGAGCCCGAGGCGCCGCCGCCUCCCGUCCCUCCCAAGUCCGAAGCUGUGAAGGAGGAGUGCCGGCUUCUCAACGCCCCGCCCGUGCCGCCCCGGGGUGGCAGUGGCAGCGGCUGGCUCCCUGGCAGCCCCCCGGUACCCCCACGCUUCCCCAAGCUGCAGCCUGUCCACUCGCCCAGCUCCAGCCUCUCCUACUACUCCUCUGGCCUCCAGGAUGGGACGGGUUCCCGCAGUGGCAGUGGCUCCCCGUCACCAGAUGCCUACUCCCUGUAUUGCUACCCGUGCACCUGGGGAGACUGCAAAGUGGGCGAGUCCUCUAGCCGCCCCCCACCGCCGGGACCCCUGCCCUCCACCACGCAGCCCAGCCAGGCCCCACGGGCCCUCGCAGAGCCCCUGAGCAGUCGAGCUGCCUCCCUCUUGGGGGCUGACGCCCCUGCCAAGACCUACCACGGCUGCCCGCCCCCCCUUCUCAAGCCCUCUCACCCCCAGAAACGCUUUGCUCCGUUUGGAGCCCUCAACCCCUUUUCCGGGCCUGCCUACUCCUCAGGCCCUUCAGCGGCCUCCUCUUCGGGGCCCACGACCGUCUCGGCCGCCCUGGCUACCUCCAGCCCUGCGUGCUCCCCAGGCCCGGGCUCCCCAGGCCCGGCCUAUUCGGCUGCACCCACCUCCUCCUGUCCCACCUCCUCCUCCUCCUCCUCUGAGUGGCAGGAAUCGGCCCUGGAGCCCUUUGACCCCUUUGAGCUGGGGCAGGGAGGUUCUCCAGAGCCGGAGUUGCUGCGCUGUCAGGAGCCCAGAGCUGUGGGGGUACCUGGGCCUGGACCCCGCCUUUCACCUCUUGGACCCCCCAAGGCCUUUGAGCCUGAAGGGUUAGUGUUACGGCAGGUCCCCACUCCACUGUCACCAGCGGCCCCGAAGGGGCCCAAGGCAGGUGGAGCACGCCUCCUUCUCACCCAAGGGCGCCUGGAAGGGCCUCCUGCCAGUCCCCGGGAGGGCGCCACAGGCUGGGGCGGCCGGGAGGCCUCCUGGCAGCCCCCCGCCGACCUGUCUGCGCUCUCUCUGGAGGAGGUCUCUCGCAGCCUGCGUUUCAUCGGGCUCUCCGAGGACGUGGUGAGCUUCUUUGCCCGAGAACGGAUCGAUGGCAGUAUCUUUGUGCAGCUCAGUGAGGACAUCCUGGCUGACGACUUCCACCUCACCAAGCUUCAGGUCAAGAAGAUCAUGCAGUUCAUCAAAGGCUGGCGGCCCAAGAUCUGACCUUGCCAGCUUGUAGCUGCGCAACCGGAAGGCUGGCACAGAGGCCCGAGGCCAGCCACGGUCUGCAGGGGACAGUGCUGCCUGUGAGGGUGCCAGGUAGCCACUCUGUGAAUCCAGGGGAGCCACACUUGGAAAUGGGGUCCUCUGGGACCAGACCCCUGCAUGGGGACGGCUUGCCUUGGAGUGUGCAGAGGACAGUGUGCCGCACCUGCACCUGGUGAGGCACUGGCUGACUCCCAUGGUGGGGUCAAAAGCUGGCCUCAUGGUGACCUAACACCGUCCCACACUCUGAAGAUCCUCACAGACAACUCGCACUUCUCCAGUUUGUAGGUGCCGGUCAGCAGGAAGGGAGUCCGUAAUUUAAGCACAAAUCCCCCAAGUGCCCUCUCUCUGUGCUCUGGGGGCUUUUGGCCUAAGCUGCCCCAGGGUCGGGGUGCCAAUUUCAGGACCUCUGCGCUGCGAUGCCCUUCCCUCCCCGCCUCUGCUGCAGCUUGAGUAGGUCCCUGGCCCUGAGCACAGGUGUAUCCAGUACAAGCCCGUGCCUUUCACCUCAGAGCCCCGCUCCAGGUUCUGGUUCGCGGGCGCUGACUUUGGAAGAGCACAGUGCUGCUGUUAAUGGACGUAGCUCAUUAGGGAGGCAGAUGCCUACUGGCGCCCUGGGUUCUCCUGAGCUCAGUGCAACUAGCCCUCAUCCUGCCAGGGUGGGUCCAGUCUGCGAAGACUCAGACCCCACGGAAGAGCAGGCUGAUCAGUCGGCUGCUCCUUGAUUCUGACAAGUGGCUUUCAAUCACUCCCACCUGCACUGGCCUCCUGCCUCCAUCACUUGACUCUGGCAAACACCUGGUGUCCCCUGGUUUCCUGUCAAUAGUCGCAGGUGGGAUGGGUGGGAGGCAGCACAGUGGCUUGGGAAGACCUGCUCUUGCUCACGUGCUUUCGGACAGGCCUUUGGGCCCUGGAUCUCGAGCAUGGUGGUCCAUGGCACCCAGGGCAGGUUGGUUGUUGUGUGCAACUGCCCGUCGUCCCCCAUGCUCUUCCCGUCUCACCUGCCCAGACCACAUUACUUCUCAUGCUCACUAGGGCCAGGCCCCAGAGGUACCAGCCUUCUGCCUUACCCAGCCGACCUAGAUAUUUAUUUCCUGCCUUGAGAAUAGCAAAGCCAUGCUGGUGCCUGUGCCCCAAGCAGGCCUCCUCAGCUCUGAGGGAAGGGAGUCAGGAAACAGCACAGAGACCGAUGUGGAGACAUUGGGUUUCCUUGCUGAUCAGGUAAUGAAUCCCCGAGGACUCGUGAAAUAAACGCUAGACGCUGAGGACAGUGCCGGUGCAACUCCGCUGUCGGCUGCUUUCUUCCCGUGAAGGAAUGGUGGGCAUGCCCCACAGGAGAGGACUUGGGAUGGUGUGUGCCUGCAGCCCAUCCAGUGUCCCCAGAAAAGGCUGGUAGUGCUGCCCCGAUUCCCUGCAAAAGCCCCUCACAAGCCCCUGCCCUAAAGAACUUUUUAGCUCCCACAGCUGUUCCAAUGGAAUUCACACCUAGCUAGUGCUGUUCAGUGGAAGGACCAGACUUCAAAGCUCCAUGCCACCAGCCUGGGCCCAGGUUCAACUUCCUGCGCUGGCAGACCGCCUGCUUUGAGGCGCUCAGAGCCCCAUGUUCUAAAGCCUGUUUUUUGUUUUUUUUUUAAAGAUUUUUUUAAUUGAUAUCAGAGAGGAAGGGAGAGGCAGAUAGAAACAUCAGUGAUGAGAGAGACUCAUUGAUCCACUGCCUCCUGCACACCCCCUACUGGGGAUUGAGCCUGCAACCCGGGCAUGUGCCCUUGACUAGAAUUGAACCCAGGACCCUUCAGUUCACAGGCUGACGCUCUAUCCACUGAGCCAAACUAGCGAGGGCCUGAAGCCUGUUAAUGGCUGUGGUGCAAGGAUCAGUUCUCUACCUGCGGACUGGUCAUCUGAAAACCCCAACUCAGAGACGACUUGGUUUUAGAGCCUGGCUUCCUAGCAACCGUCAGUGUUUAGUAGAGCCAGAGUUAAGGUCCUUGCCUGGCAGUCCCAACAACAGAACUGGUCCAGGCAAUGUCUGAAGUACUUGUUGCACUCAAACUGGCACAGAGGCAGGAGGAACCGGUAACUUCUCAAAGUUGAGAAGGCGCAGUGAUGGGACAUGAAUGAUUCCGCACACACUCAGCGUGGAUCCUUCUGCCAGAACGAGCUAAGAGCCUCGAUGCUGUUUACCCAGACUGGGCCCUGCUUCUGCCAGAACAUGAGUGUAGGAACUUCCCACAGCAGAGGGCAGGGCGUAGGGGAGGAGAGGAGGGUCUCGCAGAGUGGAGGAGGUGGUGGGCUGACUCAGCAUCCCCUGUACUACUCACAUGUGCAGGCAUUUCCCAUGCUGAGGUGCAGCUGAGAGGUGCAGGAAUCAGUGACCAGGAAAAUGUGAUCUCCUCUGAUUAAUGCCAACCUUCCCACAAACACCCUGAGAAGCAUGUGUGAAUGUGUCACACCAAGAGAAAACUGGGUAAAACUGCAACGAGGAAAUGCAGUCUAGGGAGAGUGUUUUAUCCUGGUCCUCCAUACCUGGUUAGUCAGGGCCACUUCCCACUGUAAGCAGGAGCCCAGCCAAAG